AUGACUGACCUUGGUGAUAGUAAUUUUGGGCUAGAAGAAAACCCUAGUAGUGAUGAUUUCUUUAUAAGACAAACAAAAAAACAUGCAAGUACUUCUAAAGAUACUGAUGCAAUUUUAUUAUUAAUUACAGUUCUAAGAUUUUUUGCCGAAGCUACUGAUCUAUUAGGGUGUAGCAAAUAUGCUACUAUUAGUUUUAUGUAUAGUGCAAUUACAGUAAUUAAACAGGGGCUUUUGCUUGAUAAAACUUUGGAUAUUGACUUCGAUUCUUUUGAAGAUGUUUUUGAUAAUGAUGUUAUUUGUAAAGAUGAUAAGAAAUACUAUAUGUCAAAUCAACAACAAAUUAAUGUGUCUAGCAAUGAAGCCAUGCUAGCAACGCUUUUGGAUCCUCAAUGUAAAGCUUUUUCUUUUAUGUCGAGAUCUCUAAAAAAAAAAACAAUUGAAUUGCUUAAAGCUGGAUAUGAAGAAGCGCAGAUUUUAUAUCAAACAGAAAAAGAGAAAAACAAUCUACAAACCAAUCUGAACACUUUAUUGGCCUCAAUGUUUCAGAAUAGAACAACAUCAACUGCAAGCGAAAAACUUUUUAGCGAUGCUAGAAACACAAUGAUAGCAAAAAGAAUAUCACUUUUACCUACGACUUUUGAGCAUUUG